CUCCGCCUUGGUGUCAAAAGUCAAACAGCUGUGCUUCGGGGACGCUACCUCUCUGUGAUAGCGAGUUUCUGCGGUGAGGCGCCAGCAGGAGGCAGGGCAAGCGGAAAUGGAGACCGCCGUCCGCUGCGGCUACUUAUUCUUCCGCUUCACCAACAGUGGAAAGACUCUUCCAAAGAAGAAAUUCGUUCAGCUUUGCAGCGGCCACGAGAAUGGCUGUCCGCAGCUGCUUGUCUACGAGGACGAGCGGAGUUCCAUGGCGAUGAGCAACUGCCUGUGCAUGAUCCUCGGGCCGUGGGACUACUUCUCCUUCAAGAUUGUUGCCAGUGACUACGAAUACAUAUUUUCUGCCGCCAGUGAGAAGGAGCGGGACGUGUGGCUUGAGGAUGUUGUGAGGAUAUUUUUCCGGUCGCCCGUGGACGCGCAGCCGCUUCAGGACUCGGCUACUCAAAGCAUCGUUGAAUAUGAAAAUCCUUACAAAUAUAUACGAAAGUUUCUAGUGACAUUAGAUGCCACGACGGGCAAGCUAUUGGGUGCAAGCGGCUGCGUGAUGCUGUCUAUUGAAAACUUCUACCUGACAGUGGCUUAUCCUGACGGAAACAGACUGGGUCGCUUCGAUAUCUGUGAGCUUCGGCGUUACGGAUUUACGGACACCACUUUCAACCUUUCGACAGGGAGGAAGAGCAUGUUCGGGGAAGGCACGUACACGUUCAUUACGCGGCAGGGGCAGCACAUUUACGCCAACUGGAAGGAGGAGGUACGCUUAACUAAGCUAACCGGGAAACCAAAGCCUUCACCCGGGGAAGUAGAGGCGGAUCCGACGCCCGACCGCCCACUCUUCACCAGGCCAGGACACACUUACGAGAAGAGCGAAGACUAUGUCGCCAAAGCUUGGUCUUCGUGUGGCUACACAAGCUUGGACUCGAUAAGCUCCUCUGGAGACGAGAAGACGGACACCGAAGUGGAAUCGUGUCGGCGGUUGCGGAGUCCCAAGCAGCGCACCUACUCCUGCAGCACGCCCGCCCAGAGCACUCGGCUGGCGAACGCGCGGACGUCGACGCCCUGGAACCCCUUCAGAGAGCACGAGUGGCAGAUCAAGACCAUGAUGGUGCUGGAGCUCGCCAAGGAUCUGUGCAAGGGCGACAGCGGACGCUACUGCGAGAUCCUCAACCACUUCCUGGAGAGCCACGGGAUGACGCCCCUCAUGUGGGACUUGGAGCUGUUCGGGCCGGAAGGGAGUCGGACCUUAGAGCGCACGGACUCGACGGGGGGCGCCUCCUCGGCAUCUUAAGGCGGUUGGACGGCCUUGCUACGAAGCUACAACGCGUGAACUGCUGCUUCCGCGACCACAAGGACAGCGAAGGAAGGCCUAACACUUCAGCUGCAGUCGUGGUCCUCAUGAAAAAGUGUUAGGCUGUAUUCAGUGCUCUGUCAUGGCAACGCAGUUCGCACUAGCAAGACAAACAUGACGCUGAGAUUAUAUUGUUGCUUGUUCAUGAUUAAAUAAGUUUCUCUUGAUUUAUUAUUUUGAUGUCCAGUAUAUAAGAUAUAUUCUUCAAUGUGGGAAAUGAUUUUGGUGAUAUAGUUUAUGACUCUUUUUAGUUCGCCAAACACCAAUUCCUACGAGCAGCCUAACUGGUUAUUGACUAGUGAAAACGAUGUAACCAUCUCAAAUCUCUUUGUUAAUAAAGAACUUAACUCAG